AUGGCCGUGGACUGGUGCAGCAUGGAUGGAAGAUGUAAAAGCGGUCUCCUGAAGGACUCCCACUGCGGUGUUGAGGGGUCAACCAUCUGUAAUGGUCCCAAAAGCCAGGAAGCAGCAUGGAAGACUUCGGAAAUGCUGCUCCGGAUGGAACCCUGGAGUUCCUGGCUGCCGGAGCAGCAGCUUCAGCUGCCUGUCUCCCUGGAUGGUGUGAGCCUCAAGCCAGCUGUCCCAGCCACCCAGAUCGAGGAUAAGCUUUCACUCUGGCUCCCCGGCAGUCCCAUAGCUAUCCACGCCAACGGACCGUCAUCAGCCCCGAGUAACUUGGGGGCGGAGGAUGGGAGAGAGGCUGAUCGGGGGCCAAGGAUGCUCACCAUGAAAGGGAGGUGGCUCCCUGUGCUAUCCUGUGGUUUCUUUCUGCUCUCCGUAGUCAUGACUGGAUGUUUCCUGUGGCAGUACCAGAUCGCCAAGAUGGAGUCGGGCCCCUCUGGGAUGGGGGCAACGCCAGCCACAGUGAGGAUGUGUCCCCGGUAUCCGGAGCCCGUCCCUCUGGACCACCCGCUUCCCAUCCUGAGGAAAGCGCUGGAGAAGGUGGAUAGGGUUUUGUGCCAGGCCAGUGAGGCCGGGCCGUCGCCCGGCCACACGGCCAUAUCCGCCAUCGUCAUCUACAAUGAUAUGGUGCUCUGGACCGGGAACUUUGGGAAGAAGAACAGCUCAGACCCCUCUUCGGAGCCCCCCAAUGAGUACACGGUGUACAGAAUCGCCAGUGUCUCCAAGCUCUUUCCCACGCUCAUGCUGUACCAGCUGUGGGAGGAGGGGAAGCUGCGCUCCUUGGAUGACCCCCUGGAGCUCUAUGCCCAGAGCUUCUCCAUCAAGAACCCCCUUGGGGGAUCGCAGGACCCUGGACCUGGAGUCAGUGCCAACGGGCCGGGGUCCCGGCCCCUCCAUCCCUCGUCCGUCACUCUCCGCAGAAUGGCCAGCCAGCUCUCUGGUCCAACCAUUACUCUUCUCAUAGGAACCAAAGCAAUAGAACCCAAAAGAUUCUUGCUGCUGAAGGUGUGA